AUGCAGUUCUCCACCGUCGCUAUCGUUGCCGCUUCCGUCGCCGCUGUCUCUGCUGGCUCUGCCUCUGUUGUCACUGCCACUGACCUCCACUCCACCUUGGUUACCAUCACCAGCUGUGGUCCAGAGGUCACCGAGUGCCCAGCUGAGCACUCUUCUUCCGUGGCUCCUCAGAACCACACCUCCGUUGCCAACGUUUCCACCUACGAGGGUGCUGCUAACAAGCAGUACGCUGCUGGUGCCGUUGCUUUGGCUGCCGGUGCUUUGUUGGCUUUGUAA